AUGCUGGAGGCCCCUCCCCCCCAGCUGAGGAACGUCUCCCACAGCAGCUUCGUGUUCAGAGGGUUCCCAGAACUGCACCGUCACCGGCGGCUGCUGGCGCUGCCGUUCUCCGCCGCCUACCUGUGGGUGCUGCUGGGGAACUCGGCGCUAGCGUACGUCAUCCUCACCGCCGAGCGGCUGCACGGCCCCAUGCACCUGCUGAUCUGCGCGCUCUGCGUGGUCGACAUCCUGGUGGCCACCGUCAUCCUUCCCAGCAUGCUCCUGGGGCUGCUCCUGGACUGGACCCGGGUCUCCCUGGCCGGCUGCCUGGUCCAGAUGUUCCUCACCCACUUCCUGUCCUCGUUGGAGUCCUCGCUGCUGCUGGCCAUGGCGCUGGACCGCUAUGUUGCCGUCUGCCGGCCGCUUCGCUACGGCGACAUCAUGGACUCCCGCAUGCUGCUGCGGCUGCUGCUGCUCACGCUGCUGCGCAGCGGCGCCGUCAUGGCAGCGCUGGUGGGCCUGGCGGGCUCCCUGCGGUUCUGCGGCUCCGACACCAUCCAGCACGUCUACUGCGACCACAUGGCGCUGGUCCGCCUGGCCUGCGGCGCCACGGACCGGAACCGGGCUGCCGGCGUGGCGGUCAUCGCCUGCUUUGUGGGGGUGGACAUCCCGCUCAUCCUGCUCUCCUAUGGGAGGAUACUGAGGGCAGUUCUUGUUGCCGCUGCCGCCGGCGAGGACCGGCUGAAGGCCUUCCACACCUGCCUCACUCAUCUGAUGGUCAUGAUGUGCUUCUACCUGGUCGGCAGCGUCACCUUCCUGUCCCACAACCUGGACAUCCCCAUAGCGACGGACGCCAACACCGUCCUAGGGGUCGUGUACAUCCUGCUGCCGGCAACGGUCAACCCCGUCAUCUACGGCGUUCGCACCAGGGAGAUACGGGACGGACUCCUGAAGCUGCUGGAACCAAAGAAACUCACCUCUGUUCGUCCCCUGAAACCGAAGCAGACGACUGCCGGCCAAGUCUGA